CAUUUCGUUCAACCAAGUAAGAACUGCGUCAAUCGGAACGCCAUCAUUGAAUCAUCCGUGACCAUCAUAGAAGCUAGGAAUUAGUGUAAUAUAUGAAUUAAGUGAAUUAUAUUUCCAUUUUGUGUUCAAUUAAAGUUUAAAAAAUGUCGAGACCCGGUGAUAGACCAAACCAGGCACAAACCUACAAGCUUGUCGUCGUCGGCGGCGGUGGUGUCGGAAAGAGUGCGAUCACGAUACAAUUUAUACAGAGUUACUUUGUCACUGAUUACGACCCCACCAUCGAAGACAGUUACACCAAGCAGUGUGUUAUCGAUGACAUCCCCGCCAAACUUGAUAUUUUAGAUACAGCUGGCCAAGAGGAGUUCUCGGCUAUGCGGGAGCAAUACAUGCGGUCAGGGGAGGGCUUCCUGCUCGUCUUCUCUGUAGCCGAUCAUGCCAGCUUUGACGAGCUGUUCAAGUUCCACAAACAGAUCCUCAGGGUCAAGGACAGAGACGAGUUCCCCAUGCUCAUGGUGGGCAAUAAAGCCGAUUUAGAACACCAGAGAGUGGUUACCCUGGACGAGGCGCAGGCUUUGUCCCGCCAACUAAAGGUACCUUACAUAGAAUGUAGUGCGAAGGCGAGAAUGAACGUAGACCAGGCAUUCCACGAGCUAGUUAGACUGGUGAGGAGGUUCCAGGAGGCGGAGAGGAUCCACAUCAAGUCAGAACAGAGAAGCAGAAAGAAAAAAUGCACAAUUUUGUAACGAUAAUAACAAAUAAAUAGAUGUCAAAUUCAAAUGACAGAUGUGUUUUGACAUAUGCAAUACUUCUAUAUAGCUGUCACUUGAGGAGGGAAAUGCAUAUUGUUUUUAAAACAAAUAUGUACCUUUGUUUUUAAGGUUAAGCCAAUGUAGUUAUCUUUUCCCUCGUUUUUGGUGAUAUAGGAGUAUUUCAUAUGUUUUUUUUUUGUUAAAUGUUGGAUUUUUUGAAAUGGUGCUUUGUCUGUCAGCUUAUUUUUUAACGCACCGUUCGUAUUUUUCCGAUUGGGAUUUUAUAUUUAUAGGUUCACAUCUAGAAUAAGUUUAUUUAUUUAAUUUUUUUUUUAUAGUUGUUUUUAUUUCAAGUCUAAAAGAGGAAAUGAUUUUAUUUUAUCGUAUUUUGAAAAUUUCUGUUACGUAUGUGCCAUUUUGUUUUGAAGUUUUUUUUUUUUAUUUACUUCAUUGCUGUCUAUGUUAUACUAUGGCAAUAAUUCAGCACAAACUUUCGUUGAUAUAAAACCAUCGAGAUUGUCACUUUCACAAAUAAUUUCGGUUCUUAAUUACUUCUCGAUUAUAAUAAUAUAUAGAAGUCUCGAAACCAAAUACUAAUUUGUAUAAUUGUUAAUCAACAUAUGUAACAAUAACUUAGGGUAAGUGUAUUAUUGGAACGUGAUUAAUGGAAUGAGCGUCAACUGUGACAGCGGGAUCGAUCUGUCAAAUCACAAACACAAGUAAAGUCACGAUUCAGGAGUUCGCAUUGAGUUUUCUACGUGUUAUUAAAGACAGAGAACUUAGUUCGUAAGGAGAUAUACUAUAUAUUUUUUAUAACGUAUUAUUAUUUAUAAAGUAUUUGCUAAAUAUAAUUUACAUGCGCAGUUUUUGAUACUAUAUAAUUUUUUAUUAGCCGCUAUGGAUUAUUUGACGCUUCCAUUUUACAUAUCAGGUGACCAGCCAAAGAACUGAACAGGCCAAGCCUCGCCCACCUCCGUGUAAUGUAUACGUCUUAGACCGUUCGUGUUAGUUUUCUAGUUCUUUGUAAGGUUGAUAUAUUAGAACUGAAAUGUGAAGAGCUUUAACCGCUGGCUGCCGAUUCACUGGUCAUGUAAUAUUGUAUUGUAAUACAUUAAUAUAACAAC